AAGAGGCGCGCGCAGCGACGCCCCGCGACACUCCCACGGCCCCACGCGCGGACGCAGGGGGCGCGGGUCUGCGAGAAAGUUCACAAACACUGCGUGUCCGUGCGCUGCGCUGCGCGCGUGCUUCUGCCGUCCCUUCUUUUGAAUAAGUGCCACCUUCGUGCGGUGCGCGCGGACAGGCGCUCGGUCUCGCGCGCUUCUUGGCACAGCUCGUUGUUCACCGCGCGCACAGUGAGUACAGGCACAGGGACACUCGGUCAGUAUUGAGUUUAUUAGUGCAGUGCGAAGAAAAAGAAAAUUCAUCCCGAGUGCAGAGAGAAAAAGAGGCAGAAGAAGCUCAAGAAGAGCCAAGUGAGCUGAAGACGAGCUACUCGCUUUGGGAUAAAAUAACGUGAACAACAAUGAGCAGCGAUAAGAACAAGAUGGAGGACGAGGCCGUGCUGGACCGGGGGGCAUCCUUCCUGAAGCACGUCUGUGAUGAGGAGGAAGUGGAAGGUCAUCACACAUUCUACAUUGGUGUGCACGUGCCCAAGAGUUACAGACGCCGGAGACGUCAUCGCAGAAGAAGCAGCCACAAGGACAGGAGGGAGAGGGUGACGGAGAACGCCUCUGACAAGUCGGACACAGAAAACAAUGAUGAGGCCAGCAAUAGCAUCCUCAAACCCCUCAUUUCACCAGCUGCCGAAAGGAUUCGGUUCAUCCUGGGGGAGGAGGAUGACGGUCCAGCACCACCCCAGCUCUUCACUGAGCUGGAUGAGCUGUUGGCUGUCGAUGGGCAGGAGAUGGAGUGGAAAGAGACAGCAAGGUGGAUAAAGUUUGAAGAAAAAGUAGAGAAAGGAGGUGAGAGGUGGAGCAAACCACAUGUUGCCACAUUGUCCUUACACAGCUUGUUCGAGCUGAGGACCUGUAUUGAAAAAGGCACCAUUAUGUUGGACUUGGAGGCCUCUACUCUCCCGCAGGUUGUGGAGAUGAUCACUGACAGCCAGAUUGAGAAUGGUCAACUUAAAGCUGAUCUCAAAGAAAAGGUUAUGUAUACCUUGCUGCGCAAACAUCGCCACCAGACUAAGAAGAGUAACCUACGGUCACUAGCUGACAUCGGCAAGACAGUCUCUAGUGCAAGUAGGCUGUUUUCCAACCAGGAUAAUGCACGUAGUCCGCUUGAAAACUCUGUGCCUUGCCUAACCGUCCGCACCUCUGAGGAGGAGCUCCAGGUCCAAAGGAGCCCGAGCGUGGGAUGGCUCAGUAGCCCAACAACCACUCAUCGAAAUUUGACAUCAAGCAGCUUAAAUGAUAUUUCUGACAAACCAGAGAAGGAUCAACUGAAAAACAAAUUCAUGAAAAAGUUGCCUCGGGAUGCUGAAGCCUCCAACGUACUUGUGGGAGAAGUUGACUUCCUGGAGACUCCGUUUGUGGCAUUUGUCCGCCUACAGCAAGCUGUCAUGCUUGGAGCUCUGACAGAGGUUCCUGUUCCAACAAGAUUUCUGUUUAUCUUGCUUGGACCCAAAGGUAAAGCAAAGUCCUAUCAUGAAAUCGGAAGAGCAAUUGCCACCCUAAUGUCUGAUGAAGUCUUCCAUGACAUAGCAUACAAGGCCAAGGAUAGACAGGAUCUGCUGGCUGGCAUCGAUGAAUUCCUUGAUGAAGUUAUCGUCCUUCCCCCUGGAGAGUGGGACCCAGCAAUCAGAAUAGAACCUCCAAAGUCCCUGCCAUCUUCAGACAAAAGGAAGAACAUGUACGCAGGUGGGGAUAACGUGCAAAUGAAUGGCGAUACACCCCAUGAUGGAGGUCAUGGAGGAGGAGGGCAUCAAGUUGGUGAUGAAUUGAAGAGAACAGGAAGAUUUUGUGGUGGCCUUCUACUUGACAUAAAGCGGAAAGCUCCUUUCUUCGCCAGUGAUUUUUAUGAUGCAUUGCACAUACAGUCACUCUCCGCUAUUCUCUUCAUCUACCUGGGAACUGUGACAAAUGCCAUUACUUUUGGGGGCCUACUUGGGGAUGCCACAGAAAACAUGCAGGGUGUGUUGGAGAGCUUCCUGGGCACGGCGGUCUCUGGGGCGGUCUUCUGUCUGCUGGCGGGCCAGCCUCUCACCAUCCUGAGUAGUACGGGGCCCGUAUUGGUCUUUGAAAGACUCCUCUUCAAUUUCAGCAGGGAUAAUUCAUUUGACUACUUGGAAUUUCGACUGUGGAUUGGUCUGUGGUCAGGUUUUUUCUGCCUUGUCUUGGUGGCAACUGACGCCAGCUUUCUGGUCCAGUAUUUCACUCGGUUUACAGAAGAAGGCUUCUCCUCACUCAUCAGCUUCAUAUUCAUCUAUGAUGCUUUUAAAAAAAUGUUGAAGCUGGCCCACUAUUACCCAAUCAACUCUGAUUAUAAAAUUGACUACGUAACCCAGUACGACUGUCUCUGUAUGGCUCCCACAAUAGACAAUAUCUCAGGGCUCUACAGUGAUACAUUGGAUGGUACAUCAGCAUGGAUUAUUAACGCCACCGAUCUGCCGUUAAAUGCUACAUGGUCAUCACUGACAAAGAAAGAGUGUCUGAAGUAUGGAGGAGAGCUGGUGGGCAAGGCUUGCAAGUUCAUCCCAGACAUUGCCCUGAUGUCCUUCAUUUUGUUCUUUGGCACAUAUACGUGUUCCAUGUGUCUCAAGAAGUUCAAGACGAGUCCCUUCUUCCCCACCACAGUAAGGAAGCUCAUAAGUGAUUUUGCCAUAAUCUUGGCCAUUUUAAUUUUCUGUGGUGUUGAUGCAUUGGUUGGAGUGGACACUCCAAAGCUUAUCGUGCCAAGUGAAUUCAAGCCAACAAGCCCCAACCGUGGCUGGUUUGUGCCCCCGUUCGGGGGAAACCCUUGGUGGGUGUACCUUGCAUCAGCACUCCCUGCGCUGCUUGUCACCAUCUUGCUUUUCAUGGAUCAGCAGAUCACGGCCGUCAUUGUCAACAGGAAGGAGCACAAACUCAAGAAAGGUGCUGGAUACCACCUUGAUCUGUUUUGGGUUGCUGUUUUAAUAGUGGUGUGUUCCUUCAUGGGAUUGCCAUGGUACGUAGCAGCCACAGUUAUCUCCAUUGCCCAUAUUGACAGCUUGAAGAUGGAGACGGAAACGUCAGCCCCUGGAGAGCAGCCCAAAUUUCUGGGAGUGAGGGAGCAGAGGAUGACUGGUGUCUUUGUGUUUAUUCUGACUGGACUGUCCGUCUUCAUGUCUCCUGUCCUGAAGUUCAUUCCCAUGCCUGUAUUGUAUGGAGUCUUCCUCUACAUGGGUGUGGCUUCCCUCAAUGGCGUACAGUUCAUGGAUCGCCUCAAGUUGUUCCUCAUGCCAGCAAAACACCAGCCUGACCUGAUCUACCUGCGACACGUUCCCCUGCGCAAGGUCCAUCUCUUCACGUUCGUCCAGGUGCUCUGUCUGGCUCUGCUCUGGAUCCUCAAGUCCACGGUGGCCGCCAUCAUUUUCCCCGUCAUGAUCUUGGCGUUGGUGGCUGUGAGGAAGGCAAUGGACUAUGUUUUCUCCCAGCAUGACCUCAGCUUCUUGGAUGAUGUUAUUCCCGAGAAAGACAAGAAGAAAAAAGAGGAUGAGAAAAAGAAGAAGAAGAAAAAGGGCAGCAUUGACAGUGAUGCAGAUGAUUCUGACUAUCCCUACAAUGAGAAUGUCCCCAGCAUUAAAAUCCCAAUGGAUAUGAUGGAACAGGAGCCCUUCUUAGGUGAUAAGACUGCUGACACAAAUUAUUUUGGUCAGCUCUACAGCUACAGCACAUUUGGAGAGAAGUCCCCAUCUUUCUCUGAACGACACACAUCAUGCUGAACGGCUGCACUAUUUCCAGGCCAACUGUAUGUCAAGUCCUGAAAGAAAUCCAUUAAAAUCUGUGCCUCAGAUUAGAAUAGACCUCGAACCAGAAGACAACGGGUUCUUU